UCUAGUCAUCUGAAGUUUGUGUUCUUAGUUCUUAUCUAUACAUUUUAAUUUCUUUUUUCUUGUUUCUGUCUUUCUCUGCGUGAAAUGCGUGUGUCUGUCUGUGUGCGUGGCGACUGGCUUGUGGUCCCGUGUGGCGACCCGUCGAAGAGUAUGCGCUGGCUGGGUCUGGAGGCCCUGCGGCGCUAUGCCAGGGCUCACCCCAGUGAGGUGCUCAGCAGCCAGCCCAGCUUUGUGCUCAAGAGGUGUGUGGAUGGAGGACUGCUAGAUGUGGAGGACUCCAUCAGCAGUGUGCUGAGUGACAAUGACUUCGUCAAGCUCCGGAUUCAUGGAGAUACUUGGGACAGAUCUCAUGACCUGCUGCCUGGCUGCAUCAAAAGAAUUCAGUCAAAUGAAGAAGAUGAGUAUAUCUCACUGGAUGGGAACAGCCUCACAACUGCUGAUUUGGUCAGUCUGGGAAAAGGUCAUUAUAAGAUUAAGCUGAGCUCUGAGACAGAGGAAUGUGUGAACAAGGCCAGAGACGUAAUUGAGAAGAUCAUAUCAGAAAACGCAGUUGUUUAUGGUGUGAACACAGGCUUUGGGAAAUUUGCACGGAGUGUUGUGGCAAAAGAUCAACUCAAGGAGCUACAAGAAAAUCUCAUUCGCUCCACCUGUGCUGGCAAGAAGUCUUUCUUAGAGUCCUCUUUGUUUCUAAGUAGUAGUUUAUUUGCUGGGGUCGGAGCCGCCCUGAUUCCAGAGAGGACCCGGAUGCUGCUUGCUCUCAGGAUUAACACUUUAGCCAAAGGUUAUAGUGGAGUUUCCUUGGAGACACUUCAGAAAAUGCUCUCAGCAUUUAAUGCAUCCUGUCUAUCCUGGGUGCCUGAGAAGGGGACAGUGGGGGCAAGUGGAGAUCUUGCCCCUCUAGCUCACCUAGCACUGGGGCUGAUGGGAGAGGGCCAAAUGUGGUCCCCAAAUACCGGCUGGACUGAUGCCAGAACGGUACUAGAGGGCCAUGGUUUGACUCCAAUAUCACUGAAACCUAAAGAGGGCCUUGCUUUGAUAAAUGGCACUCAGAUGAUGUCAUCACUGGGUGCUGAGGCUGUAGAGAGAGCAGAGGCCAUCGCUCGUCAGGCUGAUGUCAUUGCUGCCCUCACUUUGGAGGUUCUGAGAGGAACGAACAAGGCCUUUGACAAUGAUAUCCAUGCAGUGAGGCCACACGCAGGACAGAUUUUGGUGGCCCAGCGAUUUCGUGCCCUGCUCCACUCUGACAUUUUCCCCUCUGCUAUCGCAGAAGAGAAGCCCUAUGAUCGUGUUCAGGAUGCCUACACCUUACGAUGCUGCCCCCAGGUGCAUGGCGUGGCCAAUGACACCAUUGCUUUUGUGAAAAAAAUUCUCAACACUGAACUAAACAGCAGCACAGAUAACCCUCUGGUAUUUGCUGAACGAGGGAUCACUAUUUCAGGAGGAAACUUCCAUGGAGAAUAUCCUGCCAAGGCUCUGGACUUCCUGUCCAUAGGCGUGCAUGAGCUGGCGAGUAUUAGCGAGCGGCGCAUCGAGAGGAUGUGUAACCCUUCACUCAGUGACCUCCCAGCAUUCCUAGUGAAAGAGGGUGGCUUCAACUCAGGCUUCAUGAUAGCCCACUGCACCGCUGCAGCCCUGGUGUCGGAGAAUAAGGUGCUGUGCCACCCGGCCUCUGUGGACUCCCUGUCCACCAGCGCGGCCACAGAGGACCAUGUGUCUAUGGGGGGCUGGGCAGCCAGGAAAGCGCUGAGGGUGGUGGAGCACGUAGAGCAGGUUCUUGCCAUCGAGCUGCUGGCAGCCUGCCAGGCUUUGGAGUUCUUUCGCCCCUUGGGGACCACAGCGCCGCUGGAGAGAGUCUAUGAGCUGCUCCGCACUGUCGUCAGGCCAUGGGACAAAGACCGCGUUAUGAGCUCAGAUAUUGAAGUAGCUCACAAGCUCCUUCUAGAGGAAAAGGUAUGGAAGGCAGUGCUACCAUACAUGGAGCAGUAUAAGGACAGUCACCGUGACCACAUCUCUUCCGUUGACUGAAAUGGACCCACAUGUCUCUCUCUCUCUCUUACUCUAUAUGAUUAAAUGGUAACAUUUUAAGAUGUUUGUGAUUCAAUAAUUUAACACAUCUAGACUUUCUGCUGAUGCUUUUAUCAGAUUCAAACAAUUCCAUUUCAUUUUGUGGGUCAUCGAUUCCCUUGUUCUGUCUGUUCCAUCUGGUUUGGCCUGAUAUUGUGGAUUGGUAAUGGAGUUGCCGAUGUUUUCCUUGUCUUCCUGAGAUUAUCCCAUACUUCCUGUUUUGAUGAUGCCUUUUGGAUUAACACUAAUAAAUUCACCAAGCACAUGUGGCCAGAUAAUAGGAAACAAUAUAGGGUGUAUGUAUGUGUUUAAAUGUCUUCAACAAUGAAAAGUGAUUCAAACCUUGUGUCUAAAAGUGGUACAGACCAUGAAAAGUCUUCAGUAUAAUUUUAUCUGUACAAAAAUAAGCCUUGUUGGACUGUCUCACACCAUAGACUUUAUUCUCUGCAAGGGAAGAUGUCAGUCCAUUUGACCAUGAGGAUUUCUUAUUUGUUUUAGAUAGUGUGAUCCUAUGGGCAAUGAUUUCCAGCCCUACGUGAAUAAAAUAUGAAUGAUACGUGAAUAAAAAUAUUAAAACA